AUGGAACAACAACCAGAGCCCAGCGCUCAAGCGCCCAAGAUCGAGGACCCCGCCCCCACCGAAGUCGUCGAGAAUGCGCCCGUCGCAGAACAGCCAGCCCAGACCUCAACCAAGCAGGUCCACUCCUUGGUGAUUGAUGCCAACGCUAUUAUCAGAAACGAUCCAACAGUAUCAACGCUUCUUUCUCAGGCGGAGGAGCUGUACACCAUUCCAGCGGUUGUGUCCGAGAUUCGCGAUGAAGCCACCCGAUCACGAUACCAGACGACGCUUGCGCCAUUCAUCAAGCUUAGGACACCCAAGCCCGAGUCGAUGGCGUUUGUUACUGGCUUUGCGCGGAGGACGGGUGAUCUGCAGGUGUUGUCGAAGCCCGAUUUGCAGCUCCUUGCCUUGACGUAUGAGUUGGAGGUUGAGAGGAAUGGUGGUGAUUGGCGCUUGAGGAAAGACCCAACGCAAAAGACCGUGAACGGAAAGCCACCAGCCAAGCAGGAGGAGACCAAAACUGAAGAGCAGGAUGCUGCACCAGAAACAGUGACUGAAGCGGAUGCGCCAUUGACUGAGACAACACCAGAGGGGGUAGCGCAAGAAUUGGAGAAGGUUGACCUGAACCAGACGUCAGUUAAGGCUGAGGUUGAACAGGCUGAGGCGGAGGAAGAUGAUGACGAGGAAGGGUGGAUCACUCCCAGCAACAUCAAGAAGUACCAAGCCAAGGAGAAGGGCGGCGCCGGAAAGCAACAAACCCAGCGGUUUCUUCAAGCAGCUCUUAUUACGGCGGAUAUGGCCAUGCGAAAUGUUGCGCUCAGAAUCAACUUGAACCUGCUUGACACCAGCCUUACCAAAAUUACCUUUCUCAAGACCUGGGUUCUAAGAUGCCACGGCUGCUGGAAGGUCUGCAAGGACACCACGAAGCAGUUCUGCCCAUCUUGCGGACAGGCUACCCUCACCCGUGUGUCAUGCAGCACGGACGCGUCUGGCAACUUCACAUUGCACCUCAAGAAGAACUUUCAGUUCAACAACCGUGGCAACGUCUACAGCAUUCCCAAACCAACACACGGCUCUUCCAACACCAAGCGCAUUGUUGGAGGCGGCAAAAACGGCUGGGGCAAUGAGCUAAUCCUGGCUGAGGACCAAAAGGAGUACGUCAGGAAGACGGAUGAGGAGCGCCGCACAAAGUACAAAGAUCUGAUGGAUGAGGAUUAUCUUCCCAGUAUUCUCACCGGGUCAAGGGGCCCUGGGAACGGGAGGAUCAAGGUGGGUGCUGGUCGCAAUAUCAACGCCAAGAAGAAGAGGUAA